GGCGCGCGGAGAGAGGAAAGGACGCCGGGCUGGUGGCGAUGGAGAAGGGGAAACCGAAGAAGAAAGAGAAGGGAAGGGACUCGGAUAAAGAGAAGAGCUCGGAGAGAGGGUCCAAGACCAAGGAGCCCGAGAAGGAGCGAAAUGGCACCAAGGGGAAGGAGUUAGACAGGGACAGGAACGGGUCCAAGGGCAAGGAAGUGGGCGAGAAAGAGCGAAACGGGAAGGGGAAGGAGCCGCUGGAGAAAGAGAGAACCGCAUCCAAGGAAAAGGAGCCGGAGAAGAGGAAUGGAAGAGGGCGGGACUCGGAGAAGGAGAGACGCGUGAAGGACGGGGACAAGGAAAAGUCGGGAAGGUCCAAGGAGCCGGACAAGGACAGGAACGGGGCCAAGAGCAAGGAGCCCGAGGAGAAGAAGAAGGACUCGGAGAAGGAGAAAGUUAAAGAGAAGGAAAAAGGGAGAGACCGGGCCAAGGAGGACAAACACCGGGAGGAGAGGAAGAACCUAGAGAAGGAGCAGAGCAAGGGGCCGGAGGAGAAAGAAAAGGAGAACAAAACCGCUUUGACAAAGCCCAUGCUGGAUCUGCCGGACAAAAAUAAGCAGAUUCUAGUGCUAGGACUGGACGGAGCAGGGAAGACCAGUCUUCUGCACUCUUUCGCUUUAAACAGAGUCCAGCACAGCAUUGCCCCCACCGAAGGCUUCAAUGCCGUGUGCAUCAACACCGAAGACAGUCAGAUGGAGUUCCUGGAGAUCGGCGGCAGGGAAGCGUUCCGUCCCUAUUGGCAAAUGUACCUGUCCAAGGGUUUGCUGCUCGUGUUUGUGGUGGAUUCAGCCGACCACCACAGACUGCCUGAAGCCAAGAAACACCUUCAUCAACUAAUUGGAACCAAUCCACUCCUUCCACUGGUUGUGUUUGCAAACAAACAGGAUCUUGACACAGCCUACCACAUUACAGAUAUUCAUGAUGCCUUGGCAUUAUCUGAGGUGGGAAAUGAAAGGAAGAUGUUCUUGUUUGGAACCCAGGUGACAGAGAACGGCUCAGAGAUCCCCGCUGCCAUGCAGGAUGCCCGGGACCUGAUUGCACAGCUGGCUGCGGACAUGCAGUGAGAGCUCAGUAUCCGCUCGGACCCAGAUUGCAACUGGGAGCGUUGAAUGGCAGACUCGAAACCAAAGGUUUCCACUUUCAAAUAAAAAAUGAGCAGUUUCUUAUUUUUCUCAGUGGACCACACUUUACACAAAAAUCAUGUUAAUUAAGAAUGUCUCUUUGGGGUUUAAAGUUUUAAAAACAAGCUAAUGUAUUAGGAGAAUUUGGAUUUUUAGUUGACAAACUCAAAGGGAGUAUGAGUAAGCAUUUCUUUUAUAUAUUUUUUAUUAUUGCAUGAGAUUUAUGUUGAGAUAUUUUAAAGAACUUCUUUCCAAUUAAAAAUCCAGCUGUAGUUUUUUCAAGGACAUUUGAAUAAACUUUUUUUCUAGUAAAAAUUCAGGUGUCUUUCCUUCGGUGGAUGCAUUUAAUGCAGUAAGGAAAAAUACAGGGUUAGGGGAAUGGGGGAAAUAAGUGCCCUCAAAUCAACACAGAAACUUAAAUUAAUAGCUCUCAGCAAGAUUGA